CCCUUCGAAAAAUUGGGAAGAUACAUUUGAAUAUUAAGGAUGGACAAAGAGGACCAUCGUGCGAGAAUUACAACAUAUUUUCUGGACGAGUGACAACGAUUGUGAGACUUCAUGCAAACAUGCGCCAUGCAAGCUGGAAAAAAGUAGGAAAAGAGGAGAAUGAUGAGCUCAUAGACCGUGUUCGAGCUGACUUUAUAUUGGAUUGGACACAAAGUUUCCAUCGUGAGUGUGUCACAAAUGCACUUGCUCGAAAAUACAAUGCAUUCCACUACUUACUACGCAAGCAAUACCUGGAGUAUGCAACACACGAAGCAGCACUUUCUGGUGGGACAACCUGGGUGGAGAAGCUCGUAUGGGAACACUUAUGUGCAAUGUGGUCAAGUGAAGGCUUCAAGAAAAUGUCAAAGAGAAAUAGAAAGAAUAGGCGAAAACAGCAAAUCAACCAUACAGGGGCAGGAAGCCUUUCAUUAGGAUUAUGGAGGAAAUGAAUGAACAAGCCUCGAAUUUGGUAGCUUUUUAUAAAGAAGUGCAUUGGUCAAGAGAGAAAGGUAGAUUUAUCACCGACACUGCAGAAAACAAUUACAAUCUGAUGCUUGAGCGGUUGAAGGAGACCGAGAUGGAUGGUGACAUGGAUGGAGCAGCUAAUGCGGCGUUCAAGGAGGUUUUAGGACAUCGAUCAAGUUAUGCAACGGGACUAGGCCACUCUGUCAUACCUGACCCAUCUCCUUCAUUGCGGAACAAUAGGAAUUAUCAACGUAUUGUUGAGGAGAACGAGGAGAACGAGAAUGAUGCAAACUUGUACAAGAACCAGUUAGAGGCACUGAGAUCUGAUUUACUAGAAUUCAAGAACCAAUUUAAAGACUAUGAGAAAUUGAUGAACACUCGCAUGAAAGAUUUGGAGUCUCAAAGGGAGUCUCAUAACGAGACUCCCAUUGAUGCUUAGGCAUCUUGGGUAGUGCAGAAAUCAUUCCUGCUUUUGCUUUUUUCAAUUGGUCUUGAAGGUUGAUCAGCCAGUUGAUGGGGAU